GUUGAAUGUGUGCGUACCGGCACUGGAAAAAAUUAGACAGCAGCAACAGCAGUGCAGAGUGUGUGAGCACGCGAGGGAACGGGUGCAAAAUCCGGAAGUAUAUAUAGACAUGACGUACACUACGUUACCUAGAAGCGGUGAGAGCGAUGAAUAAACGAAGUAGUAGUGUUGCAUGAUACCACGAGAGGGAGCAGGAGGAAGAAGAAGAGCAGAAGACUUCGGCGGUCCGAGAGCGCCAACCCACCCGCUGCAAUAAUGGAGAAGAAAAAUAAGAGCCAUAGCCGUGGAAGCAGUGUUAGCAGUCGUGGUAGCAAUCGCAGCGCCGCUGGACAUCCAUCGGUACCCCAGCCGAAGCCCCAACAGAUCAUCCAGGGGAGGAACGAAAGCGAAGGACUAUUCAAGGCCUACAAGCCGGAAGAGGUACCACGCCCCCGUGGUAGUCAGGAAACAACACGACCCACCACAACAUCUGUGGCUCAGAGCAUCCUUACUCCAGCGGACAGUAAUAAAGAUCCAUCGGGAAAGGGGAUGACAGCAUCGAAGAGAAGAAACAUGGUUUUGCCUCUCAUGAUAUUCACGGGAACCAUCACCAGUGCUGUCCUACUGGUGCUCUUUAUUAUUUUUUCCCGAAAGCCGAAUAGUGGAGUGCUACGGCAGCCGAGGCCUGUGUCGUCUACAAAAAUGGGAUCUUAUCGAGAAUGGGUCGCCGUCACUGGAAACGAAGAAUGUCAGGGAGUUCCAAGAAAGAUACUCGAGAAGAACGGUACCAUAGGAGACAUGGCUGUAGCAACUGCUCUUUGUACUUGCGUUGUGAUGCCUCACAGAUGUAGUCUUGGCGGUGGAUUCUUCGCCAUCUAUUAUGACAGGGAGAAGAAAACCGCACAUGCCAUUAACUGCAGAUCAAGGGCACCUAAGUCGGCGAACGUGGAGAUGUACCGUGAGAGCGACUCUUCUCUUCGAGAUGGUAUGGCGGUGGGAGUAUUUGGCGAAUUACGUGGCUAUCAGAAGAUCCUCAACACAACGGGCAGUCGCGUCCCCUGGGCUGAACUCUUCGAAGACGCCAUUCAAUACGCUGACAACGGCUUCUCCGUCUACGGUGAUCUCGAGAAAUACAUUCGGGAGCUCUACACCUUUUAUAUGCAGGACAAUGACAUCCGGGAAGUCCUCGUCAAUUCUACCACCGAUAAGCCCUUGGCCCUAGGAGAGCGUCUCAUCAACAAGAAGUUAGCGGACAUGCUGCGUAACGUCUCGGUAUCCGGCCCUGAUACACUUUCAGUAGGAUACUUCGCUGAGCUCCUUGCUCAGGAGAUAAAAGAUAAAGGGGGCAUAAUUGACCACACCGACUUCGAGGAUUUCCAAGCUGUUCUCGAACCUGCGUUGCAAGCAGAGUUUUCAGAUAAAUCUACCAUCUACGGUGUUCCUCUGCCCUCCGGUGGGACGUUAGUCGCCUACAUUAUGGGCAUAGUGGACAAAUUACGUAGCAGCAGCGGCAUGCUACAGGACGACGAGAAGACGUGGCAUCACAUAGUGGAGGCCUUCAAGUUCGGCUUUGGGAAACGUCCGUACUUCCGUGACCCCGCUGCUUUGGAUGUUUCGAAAGAUCUUGGAAUAGCUCUGGGGAAUCUUGUCAAGUCCCUUCUGAGCAGAAAUGUUACAAGGUUUGUUUCCAAGAAAAUUCGUGGUCAGCCGCAGGCCGAUGUCUCCUUCUAUGGCAUGGAUAUGAGCAAAAUCCAGGAUCACGGCUCUGGCCAGCUGUGUAUAUUUGCUCCAAACGGAGACGCUUUCGCUAUGACUACGUCAAUUAACACAGAGUUUGGCGCAUUAUUCCGUUCGCAUCAAACCGGCAUCUGGUUGAACAACGUGAUGAACGAUUUUUCGUCGCCGUACAGCGACAAUGUUUACGGCCUGCCUCCGGCAGUUCCCAAUUACAUAGUUCCUGGAAAACGACCCAUGUCAUCGCUGGCGCCGAGUAUCGUCGUCGAUGCCAAUGGGGAUGUCAUUUUGGCCAUCACGUCUACGGGCUCUGCUACUAUCACCACGGGCAUUGCGCAGGUGAUGAUCCGGAUCCUGUGGAUGAAUCACUCAGUGAAGGAAGCCAUUGACUGCGGGCGACUACAUAACCAGCUCUACCCUGACGAACUCCGUUACGAAGAUACUCUUGAUAAGGACGUGGUUGCUGGGUUGCAGUGGAGAGGACAUCACAUGGUGCUUGCGCCGUGGGAAGGCAACGUCGUGGCUGUCGCCCGCGAUCCUCGCACGAACCGCUUUAAUGGCAGUUACGACUACCGUCAUCAGAGUUCUGGGGGGGUUGACGGCGACUAGCCUACCCCGUGCUGCUACUGCUGCGUCACUGUGAAGACUGUCCGACUUGCCGACUCAUCGUGGGUGUCAUAUGCGCAUGAUUAGCGUUCACUCUGACAGCACAGUGUUGACACGGCAAACUAUGUAAUAUUCAAAUAAUAAGGGAUAAAAGAACG